AUGCCUGAAACAGUAAAGUAUAUUAGCAAAAAGGCAAAACUUCGUAGUUCAAUCCUGUUAACUUCGGAAGCGUUGAUUUCUGGUCAGGCGCUCUUGAGAUUAGGGCCUUGCCAUCGUAGCUGUAGCUGUGGCUGCGGUUGUAACUGCGGUGUUGACAUUAGUGUUUCGCAUCGCAUUGUGUGUGUCCUUUUUGUGGUUCGAUGUCAUUAUCAUUCCCUGCUUCGAUCGCAAUGCUGCACUAUCUUUACUGCCUCAAUCUCUGGAUCCGUCCCCCGUGUAUCUUCACUUUCGCAGCUAUUUCCGAACUUUGCUCUAAAUGAUUGUAGGAUAAGCUCCCAAAUUUUCGGUCUAAGCGUGCGGGGUUCGAGUAGUGGUUGUAUUUAUGGUCGGGGUGAUGAGUCAGGGUGA